UCACCAUCCCCAUCGUCCAUCCUCCCCAACCGCUUCCACCAGCUCCUUUCGAACCGCGCAUAUCCCAAAACUGUGUGUCCGUCCGAAAUCGCGCGGUCCCUAUCCGCCUCGGAGCUGCACCAGCUGGGCGUGUCAGCCUGGCGCGAGCUGAUGCCGCAACUGCGCCGGAUGGCGUUCGACGCCCGAGACAGAGGCGAGCUGGAGAUCUUGCAGGGCGGAAGGCCCGUGUCGCGCGACACGGCGCCAGAGGACGUCAAGGGGCCCAUUAGGAUCAGGAAAGUCCAGUCAGGACGAGAG